GGUCAAAGGCCAAAACGGCGCCGUAUGGGAAGGGAAAACCAUUUCCGGGAAUAUUGAGUUUGGCAGGCUUUGGAUCAGAGGAGUGAGUGAAUUAGCGAUGAUGGCAGGGGCAGAGAAAUUUGUGGAAGCUGAUAAUGCAGAGGCUAUAAUAACAAGAAUCGAGCACAAAUCUAGGAAGAUUGAGAGCUUACUUAAACAGAAUAAACCCGUUGAAGCUCUUAAAACUGCGCUCGAGGGAUCUCCUCCAAUGACACGUGACGAACGAUGCAAGUCGGCGAAUUGGAUAGUUGUGCAUAGAGCACUAAUGGCUAUAAAAGAUGUUGAAGGAAUGUUCUCUUCUUUGGAUCCUGAGUACUAUGAUAUUCUUAUGAAGUACUUGUAUAGAGGAUUGUCAACUGGAGAUCGCCCCACAUGCGAUCAAUGCCUUAGGAUCCAUGAGAAGCUGACAGAGAGAGCUGGUUUGGGAUGCAUACUUCGUUCCCUUGCAGACACUGUGAAUACAGUUUGACUCUAAUUGGCCCUUCCCUUUGAAAAAUAUGUAUUCUAGAAAUGUCUAGCAUUUUCCCUUAAUUAUUCCAGAAGUCUGCAAUUAUAAAAUCUUUGUUGAACAGAAAUAUGCUAAAUGUUUUCAAGUGUUGUUCUUAAUCAUUUAAGUGCUUCAGAAGUUUUUCUGUGAGAGCUUUUUCCGCUGAUUCAUAUUUUCUCAAGGACUUACUUUUUUAUGCUUGGAAUAGCCGUUGCAAACCUGUUGCAAAAGGUUACACUUUUUGUCAGGGGCUACAGUAACCCUUGAAAUCAAAGUAAAAACAGUGAGGUAUCCUAUCAUUUCAAUUUUGAACAAACUGAAGAUUAGAUACAGCGGUCACACGGGCUAGUCUCAUAUCUGGCUUUUCUACUAGGGGUAAUUAAUCGUCUUACCCCUUUAACAUAACAAGCUUGUUACUUAUUUGAUUGCUAGGAAAUUGCAAGAGGAGAGAGAUUGAGAUACGACCAAAAGACUUAAAGUUUAGACUUUAGAUGUCUGUUACUGAUAUAUCCUUGGCAUGAGCAUAUUUUCUGUUUUAUCUAAGUGUCCUGUUUCUUACUUUGUUUUUCAUUUGGUUAUAUUUGUUUGUUUCUUGCUUGUUCGUGUUCACUAUGGAUAUCUUUUUGGCAUGCUUAAUGUCCUCAACAUAGCUGACCAUCAACCAAAAACGUACCUAGAACUUAAUAAAGCCUAAUUUGAGGUUUAGCUGACGCAAUAGAGUCGAGGCUUAUAUCUAGAACUUAAUUGUUGUUUUGUGUGAAUGACAAGGACAAAAGUAGCUGCUCAUUGUUGAAAUUGAGUGCAUUAUUGAGGACUUCGUUCCAAAAGCAGUUAUUAGCUCAUUGAAUGCUUUUCAACUUGUCGAUUAUGAACUUGAUAAUCAUCAUCAAGUGCAACCAAUCCUCACAGGAUCCCCAAUCCUGAAAAUAAAAAUUGUAAAUUGGAAAAGGAAGUCGAGUCAUGAAUUAAAGCUAUUUGCCUAUUGGAAGCUUUAGCUGCCAAACUGCGGUUACUCUAUUUUACUUUUGGGCUUAAAGUAGUACCUCUGAGCUGAUCAUUUGUGGCUAAGAGCUGUUGGCUCGGCUGGUCAUCCGUAUACUUCGGCAUCCUAAAGGAUUAGGCCAUAACAAUUUAAUGCAAUAGGUUUGGUAAAGACUAAAGAAAAGGAAAAAAACAAAUGGGUAAAAGCAAGCUAAACAAAGAAAAAACAUUAACAAUGAAAGACCAAUGUUACCAUUUGGUUUCCGAUCAAAGCUAAAUGAUGUUUGAUGUUGAUGGCAUACUUUUCCCAGAAACUGUUCAAGGGAUGCAGUUAUAUGAUAAAAAAAUCAUUUUAGGAAUUUGUUAGAUUUGCUGUGUGUCCUUCCAGGUUAAGUUAGCCAAAACAUGCUGUCCUUGUUGCCAAGGGUUUGAAGGA